AUGGAAGGCAAGAAGACAGAUCCUAUUUUGAUUGCCAGUGUGUUGGCUGCUGCUUCUCAGAUAGCAAAUGUAGGGCCAGGCAGUGAGGUACAUGCAUAUGUUGUUCGACGAGGACUUGUAUCAGAUGUGAUGAUUUCCUCUGCUCUCAUAGCCAUGUAUCAACGUGUGGCUUCAUGGGAAUGGGGACUCGUGUCUUUGAGAAUGUUCAAUGAGAUACUGAGAUACGGAUUAGUACCUGAUGAAUCUACUUUCUCUGCUCUCCUUUCUGCAUGCUGCCAUUCUGGGCUUGUCAAAGAUGGCCGAGAAAUAUUCAGAAAAAUGGGAGAAGAGUUUGGCAUUGAAGCUAGAGCAGAGCAUAAUGUUCAUCUGGUGAAGCUUCUUGGUAUGGAGGGCAGGUUGGAAGAGGCUUACAAUCUGAUCUUAUCCUUGCCAGAACCAGUGGACAGUGGCAUUUGGGGAGCCCUUUUAUCGUGCUGUGAUGCCUGUGGGGAUUCCGAGCUGGCAGAAAUUAUAGCUCAGAAGCUCUUUGAAAGUCGUUCUGAAAAAACUGCUUACAGUCAUGCUUUCAAAUAUAUAUGCUGGCGAUGGAAGGAAAGAAGGCCCUGCAUCUUCAUAAUAGAGGCAAACAGCUCAGUGAAAUUCUCCUCGUCCACGUCCAUCACUCCUAAUCUUCUGAGCCCUAUCAGGUCACCUACUUCAGCUGCAGUGCCACUACCAGCAUGUAUACCUGUCAAGGUCAGAAGAUCUGCAAGUCUUCCUAUCCCUGCCGGUAGCUUCAUCCCAGAAACGCCUUUGUUCUUGAACAUUUUGAGGUGCCUCAACCUUACAAGGUUGAGUAUCUCAGCUGGCAAUGCUGUUAAAUCCCCACACCAUCUAAUAUCCAAAGAUUGCAGGGCUUCUAAUCUGCCUAUCCCCUCCGGAAGCUCAUUUAUAUCCGUGCUUUUCAAGCCAAGAUACGAGAGGUGUAUUAGGUCUCCCACUUCAUCUGGAACAAAGCAGUUAGUUGAAGAUUGUUCAUUUGGGAUAUCAGCUGUGUGAUAUCUGAACAAAUGAAAACUCCAAAGGUUGCAAAUUUUCCUUCCUUCAGUUGAUCAAGACAGAACUUUUGAAGACCACAGGGGACCCUCAAUUGAGUCCCAUCUCUCCGAGGGUGUUCCUCCAGUACU